AUGCAUCCUUCUCAAUGUCUUCGCGUUUCUGCCUUCGCUGCGACCGUUUUGGCGUCUGCGAUUCCACAGGGAGCAUUGGAGGAACGCGCCGGAACCCCCAUUUGUCCCACCUACGCGAACAAGGUCUAUACCGACAGCAACAAUGUGCAAUACACAGUAUACUGCCCGGGGUUCACCAAUGGCCCAACAAUCGCCACAACGAACUCGGCGACGAAUUUAGCAGAAUGCAUGCAGGCUUGCGAUAAUCAGUCGGGUUGUGUGGCUGCGAACUUCCACACUGGGGUUAACCAAUGCUCGUUCAUUGGGCCGACAGUGGGGAGCUACGUCUACGACUCAAGCUUCAAUUAUGCUGUGAAGGUCUCGGCGACCUCGGGCUCCGGUUCUGGCACUUGCUCCUCUGUAGCUGUGACCUUCAACGAGUUGGUCACGACGACAUGGGGUCAGAGUGUGAACCUCACCGGAUCUAUCUCCCAGCUUGGGAACUGGAGUCCAGGACUCGGCGUUGCUCUCAGUGCCAACCAGUACAGCAACAGCAACCCAUUGUGGUCAGCGACGGUGAACCUUCCAGCAGGUACUACCGUACAAUACAAGUAUGUGACAGUCGCUGGUGACGGUACCAUCAACUGGGAGGCAGACCCGAACCACAGCUUUGUGGUGCCCUCCGCCUGUUCGACUACUAUCAGCGACACAUGGCAACAACUCAGCACUGCAACGCCGAGCGCAACCAAAUCGCUGUCCAGCAUUGUUUCCGGAACGAUCACGGCUUCCACGACCAGCUCAGCUGCGCCAACUUCGACUUGUACCAACAGCCCAAGCUCCAGAAACUGCUGGUCCGGCGGCUUUUCUGUCGAAACAGAUUUCGACACAAAUUGGCCCAACACUGGCCGCACUGUCUCUUACAAUUUCGACAUUACAAAUGUUACUCUUGCGCCAGAUGGUUUCACACGACCCGUCUUGGCCAUCAAUGGCCAAUAUCCUGGCCCAACUAUUGAGGCGAACUGGGGCGACAUGAUUUCAGUGACCGUCAACAACAAGCUCCAAAACAAUGGUACUUCGAUCCAUUGGCACGGUAUCCGACAGUACCACAACAAUGGUCAGGAUGGCGUGCCCGGUGUAACUGAAUGUCCUCUUGCACCUGGCCAAUCCAAGACCUACACUUUCCAGGCUACGCAGUAUGGUAGCUCCUGGUACCACUCCCAUUUCUCCUGCCAAUACGGUGAUGGCGUUGUUGGCCAGAUCAUGAUCCACGGUCCAGCAACGGCAAACUACGAUAUUGAGCUUGGCCCGCUUCCUUUGACCGAUUGGUACUACCAGACCGUUAACUACCACGCCUCGCUUGCUGAGCAUCAGAACGCUCUUCCCCCAGAAGCUGAUAACGCUUUGAUCAAUGGCUCCAUGACCAGCAACUCUGGCGGCAAGUACGCUCUUACGCCAUUGACACAGGGAAAGAAGCACCGUGUUCGGUUGAUGAACACCGCCGUCGACAACCAUUUCGUGGUCAGCUUGGACGGUCACCAGAUGCAAGUGAUUGCAUCUGAUUUUGUGCCUGUGGAGCCGUUCAUGGUUGAUACUCUGUUCAUUGGUAUCGGUCAGCGAUACGAUGUGAUCAUUACCGCGGAUCAAUCACCUGGCGCAUACUGGUUCCGUGCCGAUAUUCAGGACAAGGCCGGCUGCGGUAGCAACUUCAACAACGGCAACAUUCGUUCCGUGUUCGCCUAUGUUGGUCACGAGACCGAGAACCCGAUUAGCACCGCCCACAGCUACACGCAGACAUGUAACGAUCAGUCAGGUCUUGUGCCUCACUGGAACUCCUAUGUCCCGAUUGGCAAGACCGGUACCUUCACCGAGCUCACCACAUCUCAGCUCCAGCAGAAUGAGAAUGAUGGCUCGAUCACAGUGUACUGGCAGAUCAACGGCUCGGCUCUGUCCAUCGAUUGGGACAAACCGACCUUGGAGUACGUCAGGACAGGUAGCAGCGGCUUUCCAUCAGAUUCCAACCUGAUCCAGCUGCCCAAUGCGAACGUGUGGACAUAUUGGGUCAUCCAGGAAGUCGCAGGCAACCCCUACAACGUUGCUGUGCCUCACCCCAUCCAUCUCCACGGCCAUGACUUCUACGUCCUAGGCACGGGAACCACGACCUGGACCGCUGCUGACGCGAACAGUUUGAACUACAACAACCCAACCAGGAGAGACGUCGCCAUGCUGCCGACAAAUGGCUGGUUGGCCCUUGCUUUCCAGACAGAUAAUCCCGGUGCUUGGUUGAUGCACUGCCAUAUCGCAUGGCACGCAGACGAGGGUCUCGCCGUCCAGUUCCUGGAGUCGGCUAGUCAAAUUCAGAAUGUUGGCAAUAUUCCAUCCGACUUUGACAGCCAGUGUAACGCUUGGGAGAGCUACUACAGCAAUAACCCUGCUUACUUGCAGCAUGAUUCUGGUAUUUAG